AUGCUAUUGUCUACUUCUCAAGUCAUGAUUGCUCAUCACAGAGGACACAUAAAUCGUAGACAUGUGGAUUUGAGUGUACAAGGAUCCAUAGGGGUUGAAGAAGAGGAACGGUGGCUUAAUGCGCGACAGAUAGAUACAUAUGGCGCAUGCUUUGUUCGGGGGACGAGCUUGGAUCUUAACUGGACUCCUCCAGACUUUGGAAUUGUUAAGUGUAAUGUGAAUGCUCAUUGGGGAAAUGCUGACAUGAUGAGUGGGGUAGCUUGGAUUGCUCGUGAUGUUAAUGGUUUGGCUCUAUACCAUGCAAGAGAUGCUUUUACAAGGUCUUCAAAUAGGAUCAUGGCCGAGUUGCGUUGUAUCUUGUGGGUGGUUAAAAGCUUACGAGAUCUUCGUUUGCAAAACGUGAUAAUCUCUUCGGAUUGUCAAGCUGCAAUUGCUGCCUUGUAUAAUCCUCGGGAUUGGCCUCGAUAUGCAAUGUGGCUCGAUACUAUUUUCAUAGCUUGUCAAUCAUUUCCUUUUAUCAUCUUUGAGCUGGUGUCUUGUCCUGCUAAUUCCAUUGCACGGGACAUUGCGGAGAGUGUUACAAGGGAUGGUCGUUUUAACCCGUACCUUUCUGAAGGUGGACCGGUGUGGCUUCUUAAUCGGUUACGUAGUGAGGCGCAACGUGGACUGGCGUUGCUUCGUAAUCGGUUACGUGCUGAUGAGGACGAAGGUGGACCGGACUGGGUUCAAGAUCUGUUAAGUAGUGAGCCACAAGGUGGACCGGCCCGGUUUCAUAAUGGGUUACGCAAUGAGUCGCAAGGUGGACUGGCCUGGCUUUAUAAUCAGUUCCGUAAUGAGCUCCAAGGUGGACCGGCCUGGCUUUAUAAUCGGUUCCGUAAUGAACCGCAAGGUGGACCGGCAUGGCUUUAUAAUCGGUUCCGUAGGGAGCCACAAGGUGGACCGGUCCGGUUUCAUAAUGGUUUACUCAAUAAGCCACAAGGUGGACCGGCCUGGCUUUAUAAUCGGUUCCAUAAUGAGCCGCAAGGUGGACCGGCCUGGCUUUAUUAUCGGUUCUGUAGGGAGGCUCAAGCUGGACCGGCGUGGUGUUUUUCUUAUUGA